UGCAGCGGCGGCGGCGGCAGCGGCAGCAGUGGCACCGUGCAACCUCCGCGGGGGAGACGCCUGCUGGGCUCGGGUUGUGGUUUGUCUACCCGGAUUUGAGCACCCCACAUCUUCCUCACAUAACGUCCUCGCCUAGUCCACCUUUGAUCGGGCGCCCGCGGGUGGUGGGACGGACAACAUUGCGGCAUGAGAUGAAACUGUGACAGGUUUGAAAACACAAUGGCAGGAAACAGCCUUGUCCUACCCAUCGUUCUUUGGGGUCGCAAAGCACCAACACAUUGCAUCUCAGCAGUACUUUUAACAGACGACGGGACCACAAUUGUAACUGGAUGCCAUGACGGACAAAUAUGUCUCUGGGAUCUUUCGAUAGAAUUAGAAGUUAAUCCUCGAGCACUGUUGUUCGGUCACACAGCCUCAAUCACCUGUUUGUCUAAAGCUUGUGCUUCUAGCGACAAACAGUAUAUCGUGAGUGCAUCUGAAAGUGGAGAGAUGUGUCUCUGGGACGUGAAUGAUGGCAGAUGUAUUGAGUUUACAAAAUUAGCCUGCACACAUACAGGCAUACAGUUCUACCAGUUUUCUGUUGGAAAUCAGAGGGAAGGAAGGCUUUUAUGCCAUGGCCACUAUCCUGAAAUCCUCGUUGUGGAUGCCACCAGCCUUGAGGUGUUAUACUCCUUAGUAUCAAAGAUCUCUCCAGACUGGAUUAGCUCCAUGAGUAUUAUCCGAUCCCACCGAACACAAGAGGACACUGUGGUCGCACUCUCAGCAACGGGCAUCUUGAAGGUCUGGAUCGUUACCUCUGAAAUAAGUGGCAUGCAGGAUACUGAGCCAAUAUUUGAGGAGGAGUCCAAACCGAUUUAUUGUCAGAAUUGCCAAAGCAUUUCUUUUUGUGCAUUCACACAAAGGUCACUUUUGGUUGUGUGCUCCAGAUAUUGGAGGGUAUUUGAUGCUGGAGACUAUUCCUUGCUGUGUUCAGGUCCUAGUGAAAAUGGACAAACGUGGACUGGAGGUGACUUUGUGUCAGCAGAUAAAGUCAUCAUUUGGACUGAAAAUGGACAAAGUUAUAUUUACAAACUACCUGCCAGUUGCCUUCCAGCUAGUGAUUCAUUCCGCAGUGAUGUGGGGAAAGCAGUUGAAAAUUUAAUUCCUCCUGUGCAACAUAGCCUCUUGGAUCGAACAGAUAAAGGGUUGCUGAUUUGUCCUCCUGUUACUCGGUUCUUCUGUGGAUUCAAGGAACACCUCCAUAAACUAUUAAUUCAGGGUGAUUCUUCAGGAAGAUUGAAUAUUUGGAACAUAUCAGACACACCUGAUAAACAGGAAGAGCUGAAAAUGACAACUUCUAUUAGUUUGCAAGAGGCAUUUGAUAAACUGAAUCCUUGUCCUGCUGGAAUUAUAGAUCAGCUGAGUGUGAUUCCCAAUAGUAAUGAGCCUCUUAAAGUAACCGCAAGUGUGUACAUACCAGCACAUGGACGACUUGUUUGUGGCCGUGAGGAUGGAAGCAUCAUUAUUGUACCUGCCACACAGACGGCCAUAGUACAGCUGCUGCAAGGGGAACACAUGCUCCGCAGAGGUUGGCCACCUCACAGAACACUUCGUGGUCAUCGGAACAAGGUCACAUGUUUGCUGUAUCCUCAUCAGGUCUCAGCUCGUUAUGACCAAAGAUACCUGAUAUCUGGAGGCGUGGAUUUUUCCGUCAUAAUUUGGGACAUAUUUUCUGGAGAAAUGAAACAUAUCUUCUGUGUGCAUGGUGGUGAGAUUACUCAACUUCUAGUUCCACCUGAAAACUGUAGUGCAAGAGUACAGCACUGCAUCUGUUCUGUAGCCAGUGACCACUCAGUGGGACUCCUAAGUCUGCGGGAGAAGAAAUGCAUUAUGCUGGCAUCUCGUCAUCUCUUUCCCAUUCACGUCAUCAAGUGGAGGCCUUCUGAUGAUUACCUGGUCGUGGGGUGUUCAGAUGGCUCUGUAUACGUCUGGCAGAUGGAUACUGGCGCCUUGGAUCGCUGCGUGAUGGGGAUCACAGCAGUGGAGAUACUGAAUGCCUGCGAUGAAGCAGUGCCUGCUGCAGUGGACUCUCUCAGUCACCCGGCAGUCAACCUAAAACAGGCCAUGACACGGCGCAGCCUGGCUGCUCUUAAAAACAUGGCCCAUCAAAAGCUGCAGACUCUUGCAACUAACCUCUUGGCUUCCGAGGCCUCUGACAAAGGAAAUUUGCCUAAAUAUUCUCAUAACUCCCUGAUGGUUCAAGCAAUAAAGACGAACCUAACAGACCCGGACAUACAUGUGCUUUUCUUUGAUGUGGAAGCGUUGAUUAUUCAACUCCUGACUGAAGAAGCCUCUAGGCCGAAUACUGCGCUUAUUUCCCCAGAGAAUUUGCAAAAAGCAUCUGGCAGUUCAGACAAAGGGGGCUCUUUUCUAACUGGAAAACGCGCAGCAGUUCUCUUCCAACAAGUGAAAGAAACCAUCAAAGAGAACAUAAAGGAACAUCUCCUUGAUGAUGAAGAGGAGGACGAGGAGCUGAUGAGGCAGAGAAGAGAGGAGAGCGAUCCAGAGUAUCGGUCCAGCAAAUCUAAGCCACUGACACUAUUAGAGUAUAAUUUAACAAUGGACACUGCAAAACUGUUCAUGUCGUGUCUUCAUGCCUGGGGUUUAAAUGAAGUUCUGGAUGAAGUUUGCCUUGAUCGCCUUGGAAUGCUGAAACCGCAUUGCACAGUAUCUUUUGGUCUCCUAUCCAGAGGAGGUCACAUGUCCCUGAUGCUUCCUGGUUAUAAUCAGUCUGCUCGGAAACUGUCACAUGGGAAAGCAGAAGUAGGAAGGAAGCUGCCUGCAACUGAGAGCGUUGGAAAGGGAACUUACGGAGUGUCCCGAGCCGUCACUACACAGCAUCUCCUGUCUAUCAUAUCUUUGGCAAAUACGUUAAUGAGUAUGACUAAUGCAACUUUUAUUGGUGAUCAUAUGAAGAAGGGUCCUACCAGGCCACCUCGACCAAGCACCCCAGACCUUUCUAAGGCAAGGGGUUCCCCUCCAACUUCCAGUAAUGUUGUACAAGGACAGAUUAAACAAGUUCCUGCUCCUGUCAUUUCCGCUCGGUCUGAUGCUGACCACUCUGGCUCUGACCCUGCUUCUACUCCUGCUUUACAUACCUGUUUCUUAGUAAAUGAAGGAUGGAGUCAGUUGGCUGCUAUGCAUUGUGUGAUGCUACCAGACCUGCUGGGACUGGAUAAAUUUAGGCCCCCACUUCUAGAGAUGCUGGCCCGAAGAUGGCAGGAUCGAUGCUUGGAGGUCAGAGAAGCCGCCCAGGCCCUGCUUCUCGCUGAACUGCGCAGAAUUGAGCAGGCAGGGCGGAAGGAAGCCAUCGACGCCUGGGCCCCUUAUUUACCUCAGUCUAUGGACCACGUCAUAUCACCUGGAGUCUCAGCAGAAGCCAUGCAGACUAUCAGCACUGCUCCUGAUACCUUGGGGCCAGAAGCCAAAGUCCAGGAGGAAGAGCAUGACCUUGCAGAUGAUGACAUCACAGCUGGUUGCUUAUCAAGUAUCCCACAAAUGAAAAAGAUUUCCACGUCUUAUGAGGAAAGACGGAAGCAAGCUACUGCUAUUGUUCUACUAGGCGUAAUAGGAGCUGAAUUUGGUGCUGAAAUUGAACCUCCUAAAUUGUUGACCAGACCUCGAAGCUCUAGUCAAAUUCCUGAGGGAUUUGGCUUGACUAGUGGUGGAUCCAACUACUCACUUGCCAGACAUACUUGUAAGGCACUGACAUUUCUUCUGCUGCAGCCCCCGAGCCCCAAACUUCCCCCACACAGUACGAUCCGAAGAACAGCCAUCGAUCUGAUUGGACGUGGUUUCACAGUCUGGGAGCCUUACAUGGACGUGUCUGCUGUCCUCAUGGGGCUUCUCGAACUCUGUGCUGAUGCCGAGAAGCAGCUUGCCAACAUCACAAUGGGGCUGCCUCUUAGCCCUGCAGCUGACUCCGCCCGCUCUGCGAGGCAUGCCCUCUCGCUCAUUGCCACUGCCAGACCACCCGCCUUCAUCACGACUAUAGCCAAAGAGGUGCACAGACAUACAGCUCUUGCAGCAAAUACCCAGUCGCAACAGAACAUGCACACAACAACUCUUGCACGAGCUAAAGGGGAAAUUCUGAGAGUCAUUGAGAUUCUUAUUGAAAAGAUGCCCACGGAUGUUGUGGAUCUUCUCGUGGAGGUUAUGGACAUCAUUAUGUACUGCCUUGAAGGAUCUUUAGUUAAAAAGAAAGGUCUUCAAGAAUGUUUCCCCGCCAUCUGCAGGGAUUCCUGGCUCUCGCCGCAGUGCGGUGCCGCUGCUCUCGGAAGGGGGCCAGCUUGACCCUGGACUUUGUGUGUUACGCGCUGUGAUACCAACAAGCUGGCGGCCAGACUUACCAUCAUUUAAGGACUCGUGUUACAGAUACUAUGUUAAACGGGUUAGACCUGUAUUCUCCAAAUCCUAAUCUCAAACUCACUGUGCACCUCAGUGUUUUUUUUCUGCUCCUUGCAUAGACCCGCACGUAUUUCCUCCGGGACCUUGGUUCCUGCUAUUCCCUCCUCCAGAUCGUGACGUGGCCUGUCUGGUCUCCUCAUUCACGUCCACUCCCCUGACCCCCCCGUCUCGCACGGCCUCUCCACCACCACUAUAACACUGCCGUUUUAUCUGCAUCAGGCUGAUGUCAUCCGAAGUCACCUUGUCCAUAUUUGCACUUCCUCGUUAGGUGCUUAAGAGCAGGGGCCCUGUCUGGUCGCUUUCCUGUUAACGUUCCCAGCACCCCUAGCUGUUGAGAGAACGCACCCGAAGACCCUGUGCCCGCAGCGAGGCUUCACAGGACCUGCUGCUGGGACAAAGGGACUGGGCAGGCAGCUCCUUCACCCUCUGUCACGUCUGCCGUCCUAGCCUCCUCUCCUCCUCGGCUGCCUCUUCCCAGUCCUAAAUCGCAUCUCAUCCUGUUGAUUCCAAAGUCAUCCUAUAGUCUCUUCUUGGCAGCCUAAGCACUUACUCUGUAUUUAGCUUGCUUUUAUUUCAUUGAAACCAGAUUCUCAAAGGUGUGGAUUAUAUAUGAAAUCUUAAAAUAUAUAUUCUAUACACGCAUACACACACACACACACCCUCCACAUAGAAGGAGAGAGAGAAAAUGAGAGUCUACUUUUUCAAAGAGAGGAGACUCUAAGUCAAUAAUUCUCAACCCUCUUGGUCUCAGUUAAAAAUUAUUGAGGGCCCCGGGGCACCUGGGUGGCUCAGGGGGUUAAGCCGCUGCCUUCGGCUCAAGUCAUGAUCUCAGGGUCCUGGGAUCGAGCCCUGCAUCGGGCUCUCUGCUCAGCAGGGAGCCUGCUUCCUCCUCUCUCUCUGCCUGCAUCUCUCUCUGCUUGUCAUCUCUCUCUG